UCAAGUUGAAAUUGCUAUAAAAGGAGGCAAUUAAAUGCUGAUCAUAAAUCAUUCAGUUACUCUUCAACAACCAAGGAUGAAAUCUGUAGUUGCCGUUAUCCUCGUGAUCUGCUUCGCUGCAUUUGCCGAUGCUAGUGUUUUAAAAAGUGUUGCAAAAAUUGGCGCAAAAGUCGUUGACGCUACUUUGCCCCUUGUCGCUAAAGCCGGACCUCAUAUCGAUACUGGUGAUUAUGUUCACAACGACCCAGACUGGAGAUCGUGGAAAACCCUACCAUGGGACCAACGAGAAAAGAACGCAGCUCAGAUGUUGGACGAAUCAAAUGCCGAAGCCAUUGAAGCUCUUCUGCAAGAUUAAUAAACGAUAAGCCAACACCCUAACAACGAUUAAAUGGAACAAAAACUAUAAUCGUAGUUUUAAUUC